AUGAACUUAUACAAAAACCCACUCAUCAGAUCUCAAUCGGUUCCUGCUCUCAAGAUCAAUUAUACUUCCCCACCACCUCGGGCUUAUAGCCUCGAUGAGCGUCAAAAAGGUGUUGAGUGCUUUGCCAUGUUGGGAUGGGUUGCCACAUUCCCAGCAAUGAUAAUUUCCAGUCAAUUCGGAUUCCUAUCUAUUCCGCUUUUCUAUAAUAUUUUAAUGUAUUAUUCAGCAAGCUCAACUAAUGUGAAAACUUUGGAAUGUGCUCAGAAGUGUUCGAAGUAUGGGAUUGUUGUAGCGAUUGGGGCUAGUUCUGCAUUAAUCGUCUGGCUGUUCGUUGAUCCUCCAGAAACGCAAGGAUUACUAGAAUAUUUAAUAAUGCGCAAUAUGUGUAGCUUAUUCAUGAUGCAGAAAAUUCAUGAUGCAGAAAUGGACACUCAAGGAGUUGAUAGAAAAGAGGAAGGAGCUUACAGUUUGCGAAGUUUGACUUUUUAA